AUGCAAACUUCAAAGGAAUUCGUACACCAAUAUCUGACGGUUCCCGAAUGGUUGAAUAUGAAGAAAUUGUUGCGCGUAAUCAAGGAGAUUGGUGGUACUCGACGUGAUGCUCAUCGUGCAAUCAGCAUUUAUCUCGGUCGAGUUCUAUCACCAGAGAAACGGCAAGAAAUUGAGGAUCGCAAAGACGAGCUCGAGUCUACGUUUGGUGGCAGCUUUCGCCGAUAA